CUAAAAAGAAUGUGAGGGAAUGAUCCGGUCCACCGUCCACGGUGCCUCUGACGUCCACGCACUUCAAGGAAGUCCGAGACGAAGGAAACAAACAAAAAAAAAAAAAAUAAGUUGCCUUCUUUCUCACCGACUGACUUUCUCUAUCCGGAACACUCGUGAUGUCUGGGGAGCACAAGGAGGGGCCGGAGGCUAUGAACAUGUAUUCAGUUACCCUCAGCGGCCAAGCGCCUUGGGGCUUCAGGCUGCAGGGGGGCAAGGACUUCAGCAUGCCCCUCACCGUGUCAAGGCUGACGCCGGGCGGGAAGGCAGCCCAGGCCGGCAUCGGUGUGGGAGACUGGGUGGUGUCCAUCGGCGACGCCAAUGCAGAGGACAUGACUCACGUGGAGGCACAGAAUAAGAUCAGAGCAGCUACAGACACCCUCACCCUCACCCUCAGCAAAGCUUUCAAAGCCGGCGGGAACCAGAAGGACUCGCUUACUGCAGCUUCUGUUCAGCCAAAGUACUCCUUUGCCCCAAGCACAGCCAUUAACAAGAUGGCGAGGCCAUUUACAGCAGGUGGUGGUACUGCCAACUCAGGACCCGCUAUUAAACCUGUGGCCUACUCGCCUAAACUUAACACGCCGCUCUCGCAGGGCCACGCGAGUACACAGCAGCCGCAGAAUGGCCUUGAGCCAACUCCCUCACCUGCCAAGGCCCAAGCAGCAGAUAAACCAGAUGGCUCCAAGACCGCGGCGCGCAGCUCCGGCCCUUCCAGCCGACCGCCGUGGGUCACCGAUCCGAAUUUCGCUGACCGCUUCAGACCGGACAAGACCAGCACGGUGGUCACCCAGCACCAGCAGCCGGCCCAGCCCACGCCGAUGCAGAACCGUAGCUCCAUCCUGCAGGCGGCACAGCAGGCGCCCGAAGACGGCGGGAGGACUCCGGUGUGCGGCGCCUGCAACAAAAUCAUCAGGGGUCGGUACCUGGUGGCGCUGGGACGCUCUUGGCACCCGGAGGAGUUCACGUGUUCUCAGUGCAAGGUGGUGCUGGAGGAGGGGGGCUUCUUCGAGGAGCGGGGGGCCGUCUACUGUACCAAGUGCCACGACAACCGAUACGCUCCCAACUGUGCCAAGUGUAAAAAGAAGAUCACGGGGGAAAUCAUGCACGCCCUGAAGAUGACCUACCAUGUUCAGUGUUUCAAGUGCGCUGCCUGCAAGACUCCCAUCAGGAACCAAGCCUUUUACAUGGAGGAGGGCGAACCCUACUGUGAGAGAGACUAUGAGAAGAUGUUUGGCACCAAAUGCCACGGCUGUGACUUUAAGAUUGAUGCCGGGGAUCGGUUUCUGGAGGCCUUGGGCUACAGCUGGCACGAUACGUGCUUCGUCUGUGCUCUCUGCCAAACCAACCUGGAGGGUAAGACGUUCUACUCGAAGAAGGAUAAGCCCCUGUGCAAAGGCCAUGCAUUUGCUCCAGUGUGAGAGAGCGAGCUACAUCUUCAGAGGAAGGAGCGCUCCCCUCUCUCUCCGCCGUCUUUACCCCCUUUCCAGCCUCUGACACAUCUGUACACACUACGCAUCCCUUCUUUGCUACCACACACCUAGUUAAACUAAGCCUUUUAUUUUAUUUUAUUUUUUUCUCCUGCAGACUUUGUUUCCAUACCUGAGGCUUAACGCUAGCUUCACGGACUGUCACUUCACUGUGUUGUUAGGACGGUUCAGAUGUCCACGCCUGUAAUAAUAAAAAGCUGUUUUCCAUAACUGGACGUAGUCAAUGGAUUAAUUCAUCGUAGCUGUUAGAAAAGACGUGCACCCACGUGUAUCGUGUCCAUCCUGAAGCGACAUCGAGUCGGUGUGCGUUCCGAGUCGGAGGAGUCAUCGAGCCGCUAAUAAUCUCCCAUAUUGCGGUAACGAUCCCCCACUUCUCCUGCACUUAGAGAAUCGGUGGCCUCAUUCAGGACCCCGGACCACUUACCGCAGUGCCUUUUAAUAUAAUGGGGGGCCAGUCAAGCAGAAAAGUGGGGUGUCCUCUUUCCGUAUGACUGGACCCCCCCACCCCCCACACCCUUCACAGAAGCACUAAAUGCUUCACUUAUCACUUUAGCUCCUGCAGAUUGGAGCACUUUUAACUGUAAGUUUUGGUUUUAAUUGUGACAGAGAGAACAGCGAUUCACCUUCCUGCGGACGUUAGCUUUGCCAAGAGAGCAACACCAGCACCACUAAAAAAUAAAGAAAAGAAAAAGAAGAAGAAAUAAAAAAACACCAAAAAAAUGGAGCUACCAUUACCCAGAAAGAGAAAAGUAAAAAAAAAACAAGUAACUGUAGAACAUUCACCUAAGAGACAUCAACAAAGUUAAUGUUGAUUUGCCCGGUGAGUUUAAAGCACAAACACAUAACACUGAUUCAGUUAUUAGUUAGAUUAUUGGACAUUUUUAUGUAAGAAGGAAAAAAAAAAAAGUCAUAUUGAUGCCCGUGUACCCUCAUGACUCUGAUAUUGUGAUUAGUCCUUUGAACACUUCCAAUCCAUUGUUGACUCUGUAUUUAUAUUGCUUCCAAACUGGCCUCUAAGUGUUGUUUUUGUAAGUGCUGAACGUUUCAAAUAAACCGAUUUAGUAAAUGCCCUGCGCUGGGGCAGAACACAUGA